AUGACUGCUGCUAGUGAAGAGAAGUACUCGGCUGAGGUGCUUACUGAGUUGUUGAAGAAGUUGCAAGUGGCUGACGACAAGGAUGAAGCUGCCGCCAACGUGGCCUCUUUCCUUAACUCGUCGAUCGCUGAACACGAUGCUCCUGUCGAGUUCUUCCAAGACUUGAAGAAGGAGAUCAACUCGAAGGACGCUGCUACUUCGAUUGCUGCUUUGAACGCCUUCGCUCACAUCGCUUCGCCCAACGGUUUGACCCCCACCGUUGAACCUUACUUGGUUGACCUUUGUCAAGAUGUCGCCGCCAAAUCUGGUGACAAGAAGAAGGAGGUUGCUGAUGUUGCUGCGGCUGCUUUGUCCGGCUUGUCUGCUGCCAUUACUCCCAAGGCUAUCAAGGCUUACUUGCCUCGCUUGACUGAAAACUUGUCGACCACUAACAAGUGGACCGAAAAGAUCGCCAUUUUGAAGGCUAUUCAAGUUUUGGUUGACUCUGCUAAGGCCCAAAUUGCUUUCCGCAUGCCUGAAUUGAUUCCUGUUUUGUCGGAAGCCAUGUGGGAUACCAAGAAGGAAGUGAAGGAAGUUGCCCACCAAACUAUGGAGAAGGCCACCGAAACUAUUGACAACAAGGAUAUUGAAAAGUUCAUUCCUGAAUUGAUCGACUGUAUUGCCAACCCCUCUAAGGUUCCCGACACCGUUCACGUCUUGGGUGCCACUACCUUCGUGUCGGAAGUCACUAUGCCCACUUUGUCGAUUAUGGCUCCUUUGUUGUCCAGAGGUUUGGUUGAACGUGAGACUGCCAUCAAGAGAAAGUCGGCUGUCAUUAUCGACAACAUGUGUAAGUUGGUCGAUGACCCUCAGGUCAUUGCUCCUUUCUUGAGCAAGUUGUUGCCCGCUUUGGAAUCUAACUUCAAGACUAUUGCUGACCCCGAAGCCAGAGGUGUCACUCAACGUGCUUUGCUUACUUUGAAGAGAGUCGGUAACGUCGGUGAAGACGGGAAGAUCCCCGAAAUCUCCACUGCUGGUGACAUCGCUGUCACUUUGAACGAAUUCCAAAAGUUGACUAAGGACAAGAAGAUCGACAAGCGUUUUGACGUUGCUCAAAACUACAUCGCUGCCAUUGCUGGUGACCUCAUUGACGAACGUGACACUUCUGCCGAAGCCUGGACUUUGUCGGUCGUUCCUUUCGCCACUAUCUUCUUGCACGAAGCUGAAGCUAAGGAAAUCGUGGAAGCCUUCAGAAAGGCUGCCGUUGAAAACAUUCCCAAGCCUCCCACUUUCGAAGAUGAGGAAGAUGAAGGUGAAGACUUGUGUAACUGUGAGUUCUCCUUGGCUUAUGGUGCUAAGAUCUUGUUGAGAAACACUCAAUUCAGAUUGAAGAGAGACAGAAGAUACGGUUUGUGUGGUCCCAACGGUGCUGGUAAGUCUACUCUUAUGCGUGCUAUUGCCAAUGGUCAGGUUGAAAACUUCCCUUCUCCUGAGGAAUGUAAGACUGUUUACGUCGAACACGACAUCGAUGGCACUCACGCUGACACGACCGUUGCUGAGUUCGUCAUCGAAGAUGGUGAAGUCGGUUUGACCAGAGAAGUUGUCGAAGACAAGCUCAGAGAAUUCGCUUUCACCGAUGAAAUGAUCAACAUGCCUAUUCAAUCGUUGUCUGGUGGUUGGAAGAUGAAGUUGGCUUUGGCUAGAGCCGUGUUGAAGAACGCUGACAUCUUGUUGUUGGAUGAACCCACUAACCACUUGGACACUGUGAACGUCGCCUGGUUGGUUAACUACUUGAACACUUGUGGUAUCACUUCAAUUAUCGUGUCGCACGAUUCUGGUUUCUUGGACAAGGUGUGUCAAUACAUCAUUCACUACGAAGGUCUCAAGUUGAGAAAGUACAAGGGUAACCUUUCGGAAUUUGUCAAGAAGUGCCCUUCUGCUCAAUCUUACUACGAAUUAGGUGCUUCCGACUUGGAAUUCAAGUUCCCUGAACCCGGUUUCUUGGAAGGGGUUAAGACUAAGCAAAAGGCUAUUGUUAAGGUGCAAAACAUGACUUUCCAAUACCCUGGUACUGCCAAGCCCCAAAUUCAAGAUAUCACCUUCCAAUGCUCCUUGUCUUCUAGAAUUGCUGUCAUUGGUCCCAAUGGUGCUGGUAAGUCUACGCUUAUCAACGUUUUGACCGGUGAAUUGUUGCCCACCAAGGGUGAUGUUUACGUUCACGAGAACUGUCGUAUUGCCUACAUCAAGCAGCACGCUUUCGCCCACAUUGACUCGCACUUGGACAAGACUCCUUCAGAAUACAUUCAAUGGAGAUUCCAAACUGGUGAAGACAGAGAAACCAUGGACCGUGCUUCUCGUCAAGUCACUGAAUCUGAUGAGAACGCUAUGAACAAGAUCUUCAAGAUUGAGGGUUCGGAAAGACGUAUUGCUGGUAUUCACGCUCGGCGGAAGUUCAAGAACUCGUACGAAUACGAAUGUUCGUGGACUUUGGGUGAAAACGUUGGUAUGAAGUCUGAAAGAUGGGUGCCCAUGAUGUCUGUUGACAACACUUGGUUGCCUAGAGGUGAAUUGAUGGAAACUCACUCCAAGAUGGUUGCCGAAGUUGACAUGAAGGAAGCUUUGGCUUCGGGUCAAUUCAGAGCCUUGACCAGAAAGGAGAUCGAAGAACACUGUCAAAUGUUGGGCUUGGACCCCGAAUUGGUCUCGCACUCCAGAAUCAGAGGUUUGUCUGGUGGUCAAAAGGUUAAGUUGGUGUUGGCCGCUUGUACCUGGCAAAGACCUCACUUGAUUGUGUUGGAUGAACCGACUAACUACUUGGACAGAGACUCAUUGGGUGCUUUGUCGAAGGCUUUGAAGGCUUUCGAAGGUGGUAUUGUUAUCAUUACUCACUCCGCCGAAUUCACCAAGGACUUGACUGAAGAAGUUUGGACUGUUAACAACGGGAGAAUGGUCCCCUCUGGUCACAACUGGGUGCAAGGUCAAGGUGCUGGCCCUAGACUUUCUGCCAAGGAAGACGAUGAGGAAGACAAGUUUGACGCCAUGGGUAACAAGAUUGUCACCGCUAAGAAGAAGGCUAAGUUGUCGUCGGCCGAACUUCGUAAGAAGAAGAAGGAAAGAAUGAAGAGAAAGAAGGAGUUGGGUGAUGCUUACGUUUCUGAUGACGAUGACUUCUAA